AUGUUCCAAACGCCCCCCGCCCCCAAGUCGAAAGCCCCUCGUGGACMCGCGGAGCCUCCGGACCGCCCGCCUCCUUUCAUCUCUCCUCAGAACCUCACCGUCACCUGGCUGACAGAGGAGAGAGAGCCGCGGAGAAACGAUAGAGGAUGUGAUGGUUCCGGAUGUGAAACGGCUUCCGAACGGGUUUCUUCUGUAAUUACUGACCGGUGUGGUGCUGGAGCAGUCACCGGGGUUCGGUUCGGUUCGGUUCGGUUCUGAAUAGAGCGACUCUCUCAAACAGGUUGUUGAAGAUAUCCUUGAGUCUGGAAGGGGCGUUUGGAGCACAGCCCAGGAUGCCUUCCCUCAGGUGACUUCUGCAGGUACGAUUUGUUUACAAUGUCAGGGAUCUGUACCAAUCCACAACACUUCCUGUGGGUUUGAUGGAGAGCUGGUCGAAUGUCAGCGGGAACUAUUGUGAUAACCGGAGGAAUCCUUGCUGGAGUGAUACUGCUGUGCAUCGUAGCAGUUCUCUGUUACUGUCGACUCCAGUAUUACUGCUGUAAGAAAAAUGACUCGGAGGUGGACAAGGCCUCGGUGGCGGGAGCCGAUCCCCUCUCUCACUUCCCCUGCAACGCUUGCAACGCCCUGGCCAUGGACGGCACAGCUAUCACCCCGGUCUCUUUGGACCAGCUGGACUCGGGUUCCCUCCACAAAUCCUGCCCCAGCUGUUCGCCGUACCCCGUCCGCUCUGGACUCACAGAAGACAUGCGUAACGGAGGGGAGCGGCUGGGCUUCCACACCUACUACAACAACCCGUCUGUGACUCUUCCCCAGUCCGUCACGCCGCAGAGCUCCUCCCCUCAGAGUUUCUACAAUCCCACGGACACGUUCCCUCCUCCGCCGCGACCCUACAGCACCGACGUUUGACUCCUCGUUCUCUGCAAACUCACCCAACACCUCACGUGCUGCUUGGUUUAGGACUGAAUUCAGGUAAUUUAUUAAGAUCUAAACACCUACACCUGUAUCACUGCUCACUCUGACGUUCGUCAUUUACCCACGCUCAUUCACACAAAGAGGUGACCUACCAACUCAGCCCACAGAGCUCUUAGCAGGGCAACAGAUCCACUCUGCAACCCACUGAAGCUGCAGCGUGAGGAACAUUUGAUCUGCAAGCGAUGAGGCACAGUUCUGCCAGGACCACGGUUUGUACGGCACAGAGCUAAAUCCCACCUCCCCUGAUGUAGGUGGGAUCUCAGUGUAGAUGUUGGAGCUCAAGGAUUAAUGCCAUCACUCGAGCCACAUGAGAAAUGUGUCCAGAACGUUUUCCUGAGUCCUUUUUUUCUAAAUGAUUUAAAAGUAAGAAAUUGUUCAGAGGAUAUAAAUCUGCAAUUUACAUAAAAAUUAUUUGAAACAAAGUGUUUCUGAAAAAUUGGCACCAAAUGAGCCCAGUGGUCCAGGAAACUUUGUGGAGAAUUGAACAUAAUGUCCUUAAACUCAGAAGUACUGCAGUCUAUGGCCCUGCCUACUGUGGGUACUUUAUCUAWACAUGUCCCAGCCAACAAAAAGGUCAUUAAUAAUAGGUUGGUCACACAUUCUCGAUGGCAUAGUUUYCAAAAGCUUCUGCGAUGUCACAACUUUUGUUUUCUGUUCAAAGUGUAAUUUUUUURCCCCAAGAUCUUGUAUUGAUGGAGUUGGAGCACUGUCUUCUUCAGCACAUCCCAAAUAUUCUCAAUGUGGGUUCAGUUCUGGACUCUUUGGUGGAAAUGAAUGUCUCAGGCUGUGCGCUCGAUGAAUCCUGGCAUUGCCAACUAGAAACAUGUCCAUGUGCCAUCACUGCCUCUCUUCUUAUGCUCCAUCACUCUGGAACAGGGUCAGUGUGGACUCAUCAGACCACAUGACCUUCCUUGCACAGUUCUUAACCUGAUUUUACUAGUUUCAUCAAUCUCUUAGAUCAGGGGUGUCCAAACAUUUUGUCACAUGGACCAAAAUCAUAAAGUCAGAAGGAKCUGAGGGCCAAAAAUAU